GAAAAAGGUAGCAAACCUCCCUCGAAAUCCCAUCUCAUUCUUCAGCAAGGACAAUAUGAAGAGACAGUUCAAAAGGUUAUGUACGAAUAAAGGGAAUCGCAUUUGAUUGUCCCCAUUUCUUAUGAUUUUUUGUAAUUUCGUUUCUGUUUACUUAUCGAUGCUGGAUCUCCGUGCUUAUAUAUUACUUAACCCAGCCUGGAAAAUAUUGAACUGACCACCCAGCACCAAGCUUCAGACUUCGAGCGUCCAUUGCACUCAUUUGAUUGUUUGCAACUAGCACCUUUGUGAUUAUUGCUGUCAUAGUCAUGUCUGCAGAUGAUACUACUAAUGCCAUUCGUGGAUCAGCGUCAGCGCAUAGCUCGCCCGAACAAUUAAAGAGCACAGCGAGCACAUCCAGCGCAACUCGUCGACGUCCAUGGGAUGUAAUACAGAAUGGCGGCGUCGCCCCUCGAGCGCGAGUCGGGCCCAAUCGAGAACAAUUCGCAGAGAUACCUAGCAUUGACGAAGCUAUCACUCAGUUCGAGAAGCAAUUCUUUCCCGGUCAACCUAAAUCUCUGUCUGGAAUCGCAUUGCGAUCUUUUCUCGUUGGUAUCGUCCUUACGAUUUCCAUGUGCGCUACCUUCUACCUCUUCUUCGUUACCAAUUCGAUAUUCUGGCGCAUCCCCUUCUUCAUCUCCGCUCUCGCAAUCUUCCAUUUCCUCGAGUUUUGGACCACAGCGAGAUACAAUACCCCCGAAGCAUCUAUCUCCUCCUUUCUCUUCAGCGGUAACGGUUCCGCAUACAACAUUGCACACAGCGCCGCCAUCACCGAAUUUCUGAUCACCAACACAUUUUUCCCCCAUGGAUCUUCAUACAGCAUCUUUGGUCUACAAUUUCCCCCUUCCAUAUCCUUGUUCAGUUCCCGAACUCAAAACUUAAUUCUCGUUCUCGGUCUUGUCCUCAUAAUCCUGGGCCAAACGAUCCGAUCCGUAGCUAUGGUACAGGCUGGCAGGAGCUUUAAUCACAUUGUUCAGUUCACUCGAUCGCGUUCUCAUACACUUGUCACAACUGGUUUAUACGCAUGGUUGCGCCAUCCCUCAUAUUUUGGAUUCUUUUGGUGGGGAUUGGGUACACAAAUGGUUUUGGGAAAUUUCUAUUGUUUUGGCGGAUAUACGCUUGUUCUGUGGAUGUUUUUCAAUAGGAGAAUCAAAGGGGAAGAAGCGUUGUUGAUCAAGUUCUUUGGAGACGAGUAUGUGCAGUAUAGGCAGGUCUCAUGGGUGGGAAUUCCUUUCAUCUAGAUCUACAAUGUAAUGCAUGUACAUCUUGAAUUUUAGUCAUAUUCAUAUUGUAUGUGAACAAUCAGCUGUAUGCUCGAAAACGUAUUGGAUGGUAGUAAAUCGAUGUUUGGAGGGUUCCCUGUAUUUGUAGUUACUCGCAGAUCACGUUCAGAGACGAUGGAGAGUGGGCGAAUCCAUUGAUCUCAUUAGGGCACAUUUCAAUUGAUUGGGUAGUUCGAAGGGAGUUUUCACCAAUGGAAUGUUUAGGAUACUAGUUCUGUACA